UGAACUCAAGACGUGCAACGCACGUCCACUUUCCUAGUAUUUUAAAAUAUCUCAAAGGGAAUAUUGGUAGGGUGUUUAUGAUGAAGACCUUAUUGUUAUCAAAUGUCAAAUGUUGACAGAGUCGCUAAUUAGACAACUUAAUUAUGACUUUGCUCUUCUUGUUAGUGUCUAAGAAAUCAACAAGUUUUUUUCUUAGCACUGCUACUUCAAUAGUUUGCUAAUCAAUCUCUGAAAUUGUUUGUAAAAACAAGAUGGCUGCAGCUUAUGCAGCUUUAGUUUCUCUCACUCAUACUAUUGAUCAGAUCCUCGAUACACCUCCCACCCUUCAUAUCAUUGUUGAUAGAAAACAGAUUGAAAUUCUACAAAAAAAGGCAGACUUGUUGUUAGAUUUUCUCGAAAAUUAUACAAGCACUAGAGGCGACCAAGAGAUUGAACAUUUGGAGAUGAUGAUCGGCGAUGCAGCAUAUGCAGCAGAAUAUAUUAUCGAAUUCAAUGUGAUGAACCAAAUUCUUGCAGCACGAUCUAGAUCAGAUAGAGAAGAAAGCUCCAAUCUCUUGUUUGAAGGUGUAGAAAUUUCAAUACAAGAGUUCCUUUUCAUUGAGAAAGAGUUGGUGAAAUUCAAGAAAGAUAUGCAACGACCUAAUAACUACUACUUAACAACAACAAAAGCUAGUUCUUCUUCUUCUUCAUCAAGGCCUCUUCUUCCGGCCGGUGGCAAAAACAAGAUGGUGGGAUUCAACGACCACAUGGAUGAAAUUAUGGGCGCUCUCUCCACCAACGAAUCUAAUCUUCGGAUCAUCUCUAUUGUUGGAAUGGGAGGCAUAGGUAAGACUACCCUUGCCAUUAAUGUUUCUAACAAUCCCUAUAUUGUGGAGCACUUUCAGCUACGUGCUUGGUUUACGGUAUCCCAGGAAUAUACUGACAAGAAGAUUCUCCUAGGCCUUUUGCAUCAGAUCAACAAUACAUAUAGAAAUGCACAUGAGAUCGAUGAUGAUGAUGAUGAUUAUGCAAUAGGAGACAUACUGCACAAAACUCUAUUUGGGAGGAAGUAUUUGAUAGUAAUGGAUGACAUGUGGGAUAUCAAAGCAUGUGAUAUGGUAAAAAGGUUCCUUCCUGAUAAUAAUAAUGGAAGUCGAAUCUUGGUAACUACUAGGCUGAUGAAGUUGGCUGUAGAUAUUGGAUCUCGUGGCCCUUAUCAACUGAAUCUUUUAGAAAAAUCACAGAGUUGGGAUUUACUCCGUGAAAAGAUAUUUGCAGAAGAACGUUGCCCCGAUGAAUUGGAGGGAACUGGAAAAAGUAUUGCAAAAAAAUGCAACGGACUUCCAUUAGCCCUUGUUGUGAUUGCUGGGGUUCUUGCAAAGUCCAAGACAAAAGAACAUUGGGUGUCAAUUGAAAAAGAUGUAACUUCAGCAGUAAACAAUCAAGAUGAUGAGUCAUGCAUGAAGAUACUAUUGUUGAGCUAUAAUAACUUGCCUAUACAUCUAAAGCCUUGUUUCCUUUACUUUGCCGUGUUUCCUGAAGAUCAUAUCAUCAAAGUGGAAAGGCUGGUCAGGUUGUGGGUUGCUGAAGGAUUUAUUAGGCAGUGUGGGCAUAAAAGCUUAGAAGAAAUUGGAGAGGAGUACUUGGAGGAUCUUAUUGAUCGAAAUCUCAUUUUGGUCGAUUGGCGGUCAGUUACGGGAGAAGUGACCGACUGCCACAUUCAUGAUGUUUUAAGUAACCUAUGCAGAAGAGAAGCUCAGAAAGACAAUUUUAUUUUCUCGUUCGCUAGAAAGCUUUAUAACCCCGAUAUAUUAACUUUCAUGAAGAUCACACCACGUCUCAGCAUUAAUGGUGGAAAAUGGAAAGGGACGAAACAUAAGCCAUAUACAUCACAGAUACCUACACGGUCUUUGUUAUGCUUCUCUAAAGGGGCUUCAACUGAUUACACGACUCGUCGGUUUCCAUUACUACGAGUAUUGGAUGUAGUUGAUAUAUAUCCCAAAGAUGAGAUUCUACAGCUAAUUUACUCAAGGUAUGUUUCUUGCAUGGGUCUGAUGAUGUUGCCGUCUUCAAUAUCCCGACUUUGGAGCCUACAAACAUUAUUUGUUGAUGGAGCGUUGAUUCUGCCAGGUGAGAUAUGGCAGAUGCCCCAACUUCGACAUGUUGAGGCCAACUCUAUUAUCUUGCCCGAUCCUCCGCCUCCAGAUAAUGUCCAGAAAAUCAUACUUCUUGAAAAUUUACAAACACUUUCAGGAGUCGUAGAUUUUGAAUGCAGUGAAGCGGUAAUUAAUAGAAUCCCUAAUGUGAAGAAGUUGGAAAUUGUUUGUGGGACAAUUGGGUCUAAUUGUUUAAGGAAUCUUGGACUUCUCCAUAAACUCGAACAACUUUAUCUGAAAUUAAAUACUGGUACUAGUUGCUGUGGAGAAAUUGUCUUCCCAAGUUCACUUAAAGAGUUGAUGUUAAGUGAAUGCAAGAUUCCUUGGGAAGAUAUGUCAGUUGUUGGUUCUUUGCCCAACCUUCAAGUUCUCGAGUUGCGUAAAAAUGCUGCUAUAGGGCAAAAGUGGAUUCCAAAAGAAGGGGAGUUCACUCGACUGAAGUUCCUAUGGAUUCACGAGUGUGAAUUGGAGAUAUGGGAAGCAGACAACACACAUUUCCCAUGUCUAGAGCAGCUACAUCUUGGAUGCUUAAACCUCAUCGAGAUCCCUUUAGAUUUUGCCGAAAUAUUACCACUUCGAGGGAUUAACUUACAUCACUAUAGCAGCAAUGACCUUUUGGCAUCUGCAAAUGAAAUAUCAGAGCGACGAGAGAACCUAGAUUACGAUGCUCUUUAUGUUAAUAAUAUUACAUUUGGAGUGCUCAAUAUUUGGGUGAAGAGAGGUAUUAAUCUUGCUGUUGGUGGUGGAAAUCCUUAUGUUGUUAUCACAAUGGCCAAUCAGAGUGUGGAGACUCGUGUUGUGGCAAAUGAUGUUCAUCCUAUAUGGGAUGAGGCACUCACAAUUUACGUUUUAGAUCCUAGCCGUCCAGUUUCUCUGACAGUGCGAGACCAUAACAAGUUUAGCAACAUGGAUAACAAGAUGGGUAAUGCAGUGAUUGAUAUUAAACCAUUACUAGAAGCCGGUUGGGUGCAUCAAAAUGGCCUUCCAAACGGUACAAUAAUCACAAGAAUAUUGCCUUCAAGCUCCAAUUGCCUGUCUAAAGAAAGUUCCAUUGUCUGGGAAAAUGGGAGAGUAAUACAGGACAUGUGCUUGAGAUUGGAAAAUUCCGAAUGUGGCCAAGUCGAACUUCAACUCCGGUGGAUUGAUUAA